AUGAGCCACCUGCGCGCCGCCCCUGCGCCCGGCGAGUGGGGCGAAGGCGGCCGCGGCUUGGGCUCGCAGCAGCCGCAGCAGCACUUGGAGGAGAGCCUCCUGCUGGGGCAGGACGCGGCGGCGGCGGCGGGUCGGAGCAGCGCCUUCUCCUCCGCCUGGCUGAGCAUCUGCUGCCCCGGCCGCGUCCCCUCGUCGCCCAGGUACCUGCUGUCGGGAGCAGCUGAGCGGGAGGAGGACGAGGAAGACGAGGAGGAGGAGGACGACGACGACGACGAGCUUCUGGAGGCAGCGGCCCCGGAGCCGCUGGGCGCCGGCGCGGGGGCCCGGGGCCUGAGCGGCGCGCCGGGCAAGCGGCCGUGCGCGCUGCAGCACCCGCCGCGGCAGCACCCGCUCUCCGCCGACGGCGCCCCGUGCGAGGCGCAGGCGCAGCCGCGGGCCCGCGCGCCCUGCCCCGGCGGCGCGGGCGGCGCGGCUCUCCUCCGCCACGGCGCGCAGGCCAGCGGCGUGCAGAAGCAGAGGCGCCUGGCGGCCAACGCCCGCGAGCGGCGGCGGAUGCACGGGCUGAACCACGCCUUCGACCAGCUGCGCAACGUGAUCCCCUCCUUCAACAACGACAAGAAGCUCUCCAAGUACGAGACGCUGCAGAUGGCGCAGAUCUACAUCAGCGCCCUGGCCGAGCUCCUGCACAGCCCCGCGCCGCCGCCCGCCGACAGCGCCCCCAGCGGCAAGGGCGCCCUGCCGCCCGUCGGGCACGCUUACGAGCGCUCCCCGUGCGCCGCGGCGGGAGGGGCGGCCGUGCCGCAGCCGUCGCCCAGGUGCCAGGCGUCGGGGCACUGCCGGACGCGUUUCCCGGCGGAGCCGUCCGGUGGCGGCGCCGCAGGAGCCUUCUCGGUGCAGCUGGACCCGCUGCAUUUCCCCUCGUUCGCGCAAAAGGCCCCUUCGCCGACCCAACUCCUGCAGCCGUCGGGGCAGCAGCAGCAAGAGCGGAGGAAACCUUCCCCGCCCGCCCACCGCAGCGACGGGGAGUUCUCGCCCCGCUCCCACUACAGUGACUCUGACGAGGCCAGCUAG